AUGUCUGCUCGGCCGGGCGGCGGGGGCGGUCCGAAAGAGGCCGAUACUGACGCACCGGCAUUGUUCAGAUAGGACCCGAUGAGGGUGACGGUUCAGAUCGUCACGGUGGGCAGCCAGUCAGCCGCGAGCAGGCGUCUCAGGGAGGGUGAGCAGAGUGGUGGCCCGGUGGUGAGAGUGACAGAGGUGUGCUCUGAUCGAACGACGCCGGUGGCGGCAGGAAGGGAACGACAGCAACACUUCUUGGAUCGAGACACUCCUGCUGUGAAGCAGGCUCACCUCCAUCUCUAAGGAUGGGAGAGUACGAGUCUAACAACCUGCUGGUGCCGCUGUUUCUGCUGGAGACAGUCGUCACAGGCUGUCUAGCAGUCAUCUUCUACUAUCUCAAAUACUUGGACAACUUCAAAGAUCGCCGGUAUCCACUGCCAUGCACAGAUAUCCAGUGGAUCUCCUAUCCAUAUUACCAGGACACGAAAGGUCUACCACUUAGUAUGACCGACCCAGGCCUCUAUACCGCCUGCUUCUUCAUACCUACUCUCAUAGUUAUAUUCUUCGAGAUAAUUCACUGGUUCUUCUACCAAGGUAGCAAGAAGGCGAUUGUGGCCGCCUGUCCCAACUGGACAUUCCACUUUUUCACGCGGCGCGUCAUCCGAAUCGUAGGUACGCUGUUGUUCGGCUACUUUCUGACUACGGUGCUCGUCUUCACGCUGAAAUACAUGUUCGCCGUGCCUCGGCCACAUUUCCUCGCGGCCUGUCAGCCGAACGCCACCGCCCUCUACAUCGCCUGCGGUGGCGACAUCUACACCGACCACCUAAACACCUCGGCUAUGUUCCUGCCCUCGGAGACCAUCUGCCAGGCGGGGCCACGGGCGCUCACAGACGCGCUCCAGAGCUUCCCCUCUGAGCACGGCGCACUAGCAGCCUUCUGUGGCGUCUUUCUGGCCGCCUACAUGCACCGGAUGACGUCAUUCAGGCGGCUGGUCACUCCCCGGCCGCUGCUGGUCUUCCUGAGCCUGCUGGGAGGGGUCACUCCCGGCAUCGGCAGCCUGAAUGCGUUCCAAGUGCGCUGGGCGGACCUGCUGGUGGGAUACCUGAUCGGAACACUGGUGGCAGUCUACCUGACCCAGGUGAGCCUGGCGCAGUUUGCCACGGAGCGGCACCCGGCCCCGCCUCUGCAGACGGUGGCCACUCUGGUAGGAGGUCCACAGAGCCAGGCGGCUCUCAGUUUCGGCACCCAGGAGGACGCUGCUGUGCUGUUCCAUUCGCCGGGACUGGACAGGGAUGGGCCGCCGUCCAUCCCACGCGCCAACCCCAACUCUCCGGUGAAGGUGACUGAGGUGUCCAACAGAGCCAGUUUUGUGGAGCCCUCCGGAAGCUACACCAACAGAGCCUACCUGGGACCACGGGUCCUGCCCCGAAGGGCCUACUGAGGCGAACACUAUCAGAACUGGACAGAAAGAGAAGGACAGAGAGAUUAGGGAAGGGAAGGGAAAGGAUGAUAAGGAUCGGCAGAGCAGAUACGCAAUUAGCAGCAGGACAAUGAAAGGGGCGCGAGAGGUGAGAAUGCUGGCUAGAGCUUGUGUGAAGAACAUGAGAAACAAAGAAGUGGAGUUGGCGAAGUAGAAAGUGGUGCGCGGAGAGAGGGCUGCAACGAAGUAGGAAAAUCUGACGGAGCUAGGGAAGAGUGCAAGGAGCAGGAGAGUGAGCGCAGGGACCAACCAAAGGGAAAAGUGACAAUGCUUAUAAGUUGGUGAUUUCCAGAGCAGAUGAAAAGGCAGCUAAAAAGGACAAUGCUGUGUAGAGCAUCCAUGAGGACGGGAGAGAAAAUGAAAAGGUUUGGCCAGCCAAAGUGGGUGAGACGGGAAUCAUUGCACUGAAUGAGGAGAGCGAGGGAGAUGAAUGGCGAGGGAAAGCGUAGUUUAUGAGUGUAGCCGGGCGCCGCGCUACCCACAGCAGUAUUUUGUGCUACAUCGCUUCCUUUUAGUUAGUUGUUAGUAUAGUUACCAGUGAUGCUAGCGGUAAGUGUUCCGGCAAGCGCAUGCCUUCAAAGUUGCUCCCUUUAGACUGAUGGUUGUAUCGAUCGUAAGGCCGGUAAAGAGUGCUUGUAUAUGUUAGGCAUGCAUCAUGUGCUUAAAAUGUGUCAUCAUUAGCCAAUAGUCAUGUGCCUCAGACUAUACGAGUUGUUGUUAUGUAUGUGACCCAAAUAUAGAACAAGCAGAAAAAGAUGUCACAAUUAUUGUCAUUAAUUUGACUCAAGUUAUGUAGCUCAGUCAAACCUAAUCAUUUUACAAACGAUGCCCUGAUGUCAUGUUUUGAGUGCUCUUGGAUCAAAGCGUGCAAUUGAUGACUUAAAUGGUUUUCCGUUAUAACGGCUUUCUUUUGUAUAAUCAACAGACAAACAUACAUGUUCCCAACUGUUUCCCACCGACCGUAAAUGAAAAAGUCCGUGGCUGACUGUCGCACCUCCGUGUUCACCAAGUCGCCGAUAUCGACAACAUAGUACUGAUAUUGCUGCGGAACUGCUGAAAAACACGCUACUGCAGAACUGCAUUAGCCAUUAAAGACGUCCGGAAAACAUUGCGUGGCUGCCAUGCUUUCUAGGUC